UGCCACAGACAUUGCUGGGACUAAACAAUCGGAGAUAUUAUGUUGAAACUCGAAUUCCGUUUGCUUCUGUAAUGGAUGGCGCCGGGUUCAAGUCAAAGGAUCACAGGCUGCUGUUCUUCAGUGAAUUACUUGACAUAAUUGUUUACUGAUUUUAUGUGGUGAACGGUGUUUUGCUGUGGUGUAACAGUCGACGCAAUGUCUGUUUUAACCCCCUGAACGAAUUUACACUUUAGUUAAGGCACCAUGUGUUAUAAUAAUCCAUCCAUAACUGCUUAUUCAGGUGAACCUAAUGUCUGUUCUAGGGCACAAGGCAAGAGAUACACUGGGUGGGAUGUCAAUCCACCACUAUAGGCAGUUACGUUAAUUUGAAUUUAUCAAAAUACCGUUAUGUUGUAGACCUAAUUACACUUCCACAUCGCAGUGCAACACAAGCCUUAAAUCCAAAUAUUUCACCCACACUACGAAUAUAUGUGUAUGCGUGUGUGUGUGCCACAGCCAUAUAUAUAUUUAUAUUAAAUCGCUCAGCGUUAAAUUGCUUUCGUUUCGUGGAAUCCAAGUCGAUCCAGGAGCGAUCGAGAAAACGCGAAAGCUAUUAGCAGAGACACUGGCUUGUAUGCGCUCUGCGGCCGCUCUCCGACGCGUCAGCGGGAAGGUCCUCCCCCUUUGGUUUUCUGGCCCGCUGGCCCUCUAAAUCUCCCCCUCCCUGCAUCCCCAUCCCCCACCUGAGUGUGUCGAUGUUACCGACGUCGCUCUCAAAAAGCUGCGGAGAAGAAACUAGAGGACACGGCGAGUGAUUGAAAGCAAAUCCGGGGGAUAAGAUCCGAGGGGGUUGGCAAGCGCACGGCUACAGUAAAUUCACCGAGAUCAUCCGCACAGGCUGACCAUCUUCUGCCAUGAACCCUGUUUACAGCCCCGUGCAGGCGGGGGCCCCAUACGGAAACCCCAAGAACGUGGCAUAUGCAGGCUUCCCUGGAGGAUACCCCACGACAGCACCCACCUAUACCCCCAAUCUAUACCAGACUGGCAGCCCGGGCUACCCCCCAGGAUAUGCCACAGGGACACCGUACAAAGUGCCCCCGACCCAGACUAACGGUGCCCCCCCACCUUACUCCCCGUCCCCCAGUCCGUACCAGGCAGCUAUGUACCCCAUCAGAAGUGCAUACCCCCAGCAAAACCUCUACGCCCAGGGGGCGUACUACGCACAGCCCGUGUAUGCUGCUCAGCCCCAUGUCAUCCACCACACCACAGUGGUGCAGCCUAACAGUAUCCCUUCAGCCAUCUACCCCUCACCCGUCCCUACCCCGCGGUCCAAUGGCGUGGCUGUGGGCAUGGUGGCCGGCACCACUAUGGCCAUGUCGGCAGGGACUUUGCUGACCACCCCUCAGCACACGCAGCACAUCGGUGCCCAUCCCGUUGCCGUGCCAACAUACAGGCCUCAAGGGACGCCUGGCUAUAGCUACGUGCCCCCGCACUGGUAAACCUGACUGGACAGCUCCAUCCUUCAACACCCCCCUCCCCCACCACCUUCUAUAUUUUUCAGAUCUGGCGUUAAACGUUGUAUGCAACUUCUCAAGUCGUUUUUUCUGGUGCUGGGUAUUCAAGAUCAGAGCCUGAAAUCUGUCUGCAAGAACAUCGAGGGAGAGGGUAGAAAGUGCAAGUGUCACUUUAUACAGUCUUUAGUGUUUUUCGGAGCUGCUUUUCUCCAUUUUUACGCCUGUUUUUAGUUAAUACUCCACACCCCUGCCCCACUCCGGUGUCCCGGCCCUCUCACGCCUUCUCGCUAGUCAGUAUCAGGAAGAUGCCACCCUCUUGUCCUGCCUAUCACACGUAAACGCCCACUGCGCUCACCCAGCUCCACACAUUUUUAGCUUCGCUCGAAAGGUGCACCUGACUUGUGUGUACCUCCACCUGUUUCGCCCCCCCUGGGAUUUGUUUUCCGGUUUUUAGCAAGAGUGUUAAAAAAUAGUCUCUGCAUAUGACAGUGGCUGGAUUCUUUAAUAAGUCCUCUAUGCUUACGAAUUAUUGCAUUACCUAGUGUGCUGUCAGUCACUCAAAUUAGCUUACCUAGGGUUAUACAAUAUAUGAAUUUGAUUUGAGAUAUAUAAAUACACACAGACUUAAUCUAUACUGUGUAUGUAUAAAUACUAUAAAUUUAACAUGACAAGGAAUUAAAGGGGUUUUUAUGAAUAAAAUUCAUUGGAUGGACAGUUAAAAAAUAUAACUAAGUAGGGCUAUGAAUAAUCUCAUUCUAAUUUGCCCCCAAUGAUCUUGGCUUCUGGAUUUCUGGAAUGAGGUCCUUUCAUGGGGGUGCUUGAGGGGGACAGGGAUUCAGAGGUGGCACUUGAGUCCAGGUGACAGCAAUAGGCGGGCCCCAGGUUGUGAAGGCAUGGUGUGGCGUGCCGUCCAAUUUACGGCAUUGGAGUGCCCUCUCUGAGUGUACUGGUUGGUGAGGUGGGGUGGGAUGAAGGGGCAGGGUAUGUGCUGGGAGUGUGGCGAGGCAGUUAUGAUCAUCACCUAGGAUGGACCUCACUCCCUCCCCCAGAGAACAGAUAGUGUACAGACAGUGUCGCUACAUAUCAGUGAAGAUCCUGGAGCUUUGCACUGAAAUAUUUAAGAAGUAAUGUAUGUUAUGAACAGGUACAAGAACAUAAUCUGCUCCUUAUUGGUUAUACAACUCCGCAGUAUGGUACCCUUCGGUUAAUGGCAGAGUUUAAGCAUCUAAUAUACGUGAAUAUACCCAAAUAUACAUAACUUAUGCGAGUACUCUGUCAAAGUCAUGUAAUCAUGCAUCUUGACAAAACACCAUUCGAUUUUUAGUGGAACAGGUUAGCAUGACUGGGGUUUGAAGCGCCUCCUCCCUCGGCUCCCUGGGACUGAUGUGUAAGGGAAAUUGUUGUGUGUGUGUCCCCCCCCUACCCGCUAUCUCCCCUCCCCCCACUUUGUUGCUUCCUUAGUUGAUAUGGCUGAGGCAACUCGUCUGCAUCUUGGCUAAAGGGUCGUCAGUUUGAUUCCUGCUGUCUGCAGUGUGCUCUACCUUGUUUUAAAAAUAACCGCAGAUAAGGUCGCUGGUCCAUUUUCUGUAUUUUUCAUUUCGCUUUGCCGUGUGUCCUGAUAGUGCAAUGUAUCGUCGUCGUGGGAAGUGCUGGUCCUGAAUUAGUCCCUUAACGACAUGGGCCCUGACUCUGCUAUCGAAGCCGGCACUGCGAGCCCUCGCACUGAAACCUAAUUAUAACUCCCCGUUUAACAUCGUAACACCUCAGAAGGCUUGAGGGCUAGGAAAAGAUGCCUGUUCGGAUGAGCUGUCUCUGUACAAACAUUCCAGAUUUGAACUGAGCAUGCCCACGAAUCGUACCCGGUGACGUCAGCCUUCCUGUCAAAUGUGUUACCGUUUUUUGCACCAAGAUCCUGAUUUGUGAAAAAGCUGUAUUUGUGACCGUAUCUCUUAGCGUAGCAUUUUGAAAUAGCUGCUUCUUGUAGACA